AUGGCAGGUGAGAGAAGAAAGUCCGCCAUUCAUGGGGUGAGCAUCCGGCAGCUGGUGGAGGAGAUCCCCGAAGGCGGCAGCACACCAGACUUCCAGCAGAAGCCCGUCGCCUUGGCGCUGCAGGAAGGGAAAAAUGCCAUCUUUCGGGCCCUGGUCUGUGGGGAGCCCAAACCUGAGGUUUGUUGGCAGAGCACCAAAGGUAACCUCAGGAACUCCAGCAAGUACCAGAUCUCCUCCUCCUCCGGCAGCAAUGAGCAUGUGCUACAGAUCAACAAGCUGACGGGUGAGGACUCGGACCUGUACCGCUGCACCGCAGUGAACGUCUAUGGAGAGGUCACAUGCUCCACGAGGCUCCUGGUCAUCGAAGUUGGCUUUCGGAAGAAUCGGAAGAGGCACAAGGAACCCCAGGAGGACCUCAGGAAGGAACUGAUGGACUACCGAAAUCUUCUGAAAAAGAGGGCCCCGCCUCCCACCAAGAAAAAGGUGGACCUGGAGCAGGUGUGGCAGCUUCUGAUGACGGCCGACCGCAAGGACUACGAGCGGAUCUGCCUGAAGUACGGCAUCGUGGACUACCGGGGCAUGCUGCGCAAGCUGAAGGAGCUGCGGAAGGAGCGCGAGGACAAGAUGGCGCCGUACGUUAACGCCAUCUCCAACUUGAGACACAUCAGGGUCAGCAAGGAGGGGGUCGCGACAUUUGAUCUGGAGCUGGAUCUCAAGUAUUCCGGGAGCAAGAUUCACCUGUAUAAGGAUGGUGAGAUGAUCCCCUACAGCUUUGAUAACCAGACUAAGCGCUGUCUGCGGCGGCUGGGGAAGCGCUACCAAUUCCAGAUCCGGGACCUGCAGCCUGAGGAUGCCGGCAUUUACCAGAUCAAGGUGGAGGAUGCCGAAGUCUUCUCCACAGAACUGGAUGCUAGUGCCAUCCCCUCCAGAGUGGUUGUCCCGCUGGCUGAGGCGCACUGUGAAGAGCACGGUGAGGCUGUCUUCGAGUGCAUUCUCUCCAGCCCCUGCCCCAACGCCGCCUGGAAUUUCCGGCACCGGCCACUCCAGCCCAGCAACAAAUAUGAAGUGUUUGUGUCCCCUGAUGGGCUGACCCAUAGGCUGGUGGUAAGGGGGGCCCAUUUCUCAGACAUGGGCCCCUACUCACUGGGCACUGGGUUCCACAGUUCUACUGCCUGGCUGGUGGUUGAAGCAGGGAAGGAUAGAAACCUUCUGACUGCAAGUGCUGGCCAUCAGCUGCAAGCCCAAGGAGCCCAGACCUCAGAAGCAGAAGAUUCCAGGAGCAUCAGCGGCAAGGGAGGGGAACCCAGAGAGCAGGGUCUGCUGGAGGGCUCCCUUAAUGGGGCCAGGCCUGCUUCUGGGCUACAGUUCACAGCUGACCUAGAGACAGGCGACCCUGGUGGGCAUGGCUACUCCCUGAUAGGGAGUGAUGGGGCAGCUGGCUCAGCCUGGGGCCUUGGGCAGGCAGGAAAGGGCUUUCUGGAAGUAGAGGGAAGCACAGUCACUCCCUUUGGGGAAAAUCAGCUCCACAGAGAGGGAGGCUGGGGCAGAAGCCUUCCAGGGAGCCCCUAUGUACAGGGAGAGGGCCUAGAAUCAGGUUUAGGUCUCAUGGAAGGUCAACAGCAAGAUCAUGGCAGAGACAGUGAUGGGGACAGAUGCGGUAGGACCGCAGGAAUUUGGGAGGUUGAGUCCAGGUACCCUCAAGUGGGAGGACUGGGGGGCAGCGGGGCAGGAGAGGAGUACAGAGAGGACCAUGGGAGUCCCCUGGACAGGUAUAGCCAGAAAAAACACUUCAGUGCUCAUUUGGGACCUGGGAGAGGAAAAACAGCCCUGAGGGGAUCCCAGUCUAGUCCUGAGGGCUCUUGGUCAGAAGGGGGAGUGAUGGAGAAGAUUUUGCAGGGGGAAAGCCUGGGUGAGGUGGAGGGAGGGGGUGAUCUGAGCAGGGAAAGACAGAGAGGAGCCACAGGGACAGUGUGGAGCAGGGGGACCAGUGUGGGGGAAGCUGGAGACAGCAGUGGGGCAGGUAGUCUUGGGGCCCAGGAGUAUCCUGGAGAAAGAGCUUCUAGCUCCAAGACAGGCAUAGGCCCUGAGUCCUGGGGCUCUCAGGGAGGCAGAGAUGUUGACGAUGAGGAAGCAGGGGGCUGCUGGGGGCCAGAGGAGUCUCAAGGGCAGAUAUCUAUAGGAAAGAACUCCCAAGAACCAUCACUACCUGGUAGCAGAGAAUUCCUCCUGGGACAAGGGGGGCCUGAGGCCAAAGCUGAAGGGUCACUACAGACAGCUGAUCGAGGCCCAGGGAAGUCUGUGGGUGGGGGAAAGCACUACAAAACCAGCCCUGCAGGCCCAGGAGGUCCCAGGGGCUGGGAGAGGAGCCUACAGGGGCCCAGGGGAAGGGAGGGCCAGGAGACAGCAGGAGACUUGGGUGAGGCAGGGGAUGGCUCCAGAAGCUUCCAGUAUUCCCAAGGCUGGCCAGUAGGUCAGUGGGGAGCAGAGGUUGCUGGCAGAAUAGAUUCUGGGAGCACAGGUCCUUGGGAUGACACAGGGUCCAGCCUCAGCAAAACCAGGGCCUACCACAGGCCUGGAAUAUUGGGGUCUGGUGAAGGGGAAGGUGGUGUGGGUGGUACCCAGGGGGCUGGACUAAUGGGGUCUGGUCAGGGAGUGGAUACCAGAAGCCACAGGCUAAUUGGGUCUCUAAGCCUGGGUGCUCAGGGUUCUGAGGGGACACUAGGAGACACUGAUGGAUUAAGAGGUCCAGGGGCAAUGGGUUCUGAACCAGAUUUCUGGAAUGGGUCAUGGAACUCCAGAAGAAAAGGACUCAGAAGUGAGACAGGCUACGAGGAUGGCUUAGGAGGUCCAGGGAGAAUGGAAUCUAGGUACGGCGAUGGCGUAGGGUAUGCUAGAGGAAUAGAUCCUGAAAAUGGGUCUGGCUGUAGUGAUGGCUCAACAGUGUCAGGAGAAAUGGGAUCUGGUUAUGGCACUGGUUGUGAAGUUGCCUCUGGGGCACCUGGGGGAACAGAGUCUGAGGAAGGGGGUGGUUAUAGGCAUGGCUCAGGGGUGCCUGGGGGAAUAUGGUCUGGAAACAAUGAUAGUUAUGGUCCUGCAAUAAGGGGGUCUGGGAGACUUGCUAAUCUCAAGAGUGGCUCAGAUGGCCCUGAUAGAGGGCCCAUGGGUGAAGCCAGGAUGCCUCCAGAUGCCAGGGAUGCAUCCAAAGGCCAGGGGGAUACUGGCCCUGGGGGAAGGCAUCAUUCCAGUGGUGGCCUAGGAAGUCCUGGGACAGUGGGGUCUGUGGGUAGAGGUGGCCUUGGGGCCUCUGCAACCAUGGAGCCUGAUGAGGAGGGACAUGUAGAAGCAGAACCAGGGGUCUCUGGAAGAAUAAGUCCUUGGGGUCAGACUGGAGACCAUGGGGACUUCAGAGCCUCAGGGGCUCUGGGGGCCUUUGGAGAAGGAGGCCAUGAAGAUGGCUCUGGGGAGGCAGGAGCCAUGGAGCCAAGGUAUCUGAAGGCAGGAGGCAAAGUGAAUGAUGGGGUUGGGACCAGGGACCUUGGUGUUAGGGCCUCUGGAGCUAGAGCUGGUCAUUGGGAUGAUACCAGGUUCCCUGAGGCACUGGCUCCUCAUGCUAAGGCCAGUUCUGAGAGCCAAGAGACUUAUGGGUCUGGUGGCGUGCCUGGUCUUGCGGGUGGAUCAGGAAUUCGAGGGUCUCAGCAAAUUGGAAAGAGAACAGCUUAUAGAGGAAGGUCAAAGGGUCUUGGGUCUGGGGGGAUGGGGCCAGGGGGUGAGGCAGGUUAUAAGGAUAGUAUUGGGGUUUCUGGGGAAAUGGGGUCAGUAGAUGAGGCAGACUAUAGGAAAGAUUUGGGAACUCCUGAGGGAAUGGGUUCAUUGGGUAAGGCAGAUCAUAGGGAUGAUUUAGGGGGUUCUGGGAGAACUGAGUCAGGGGGGGGUGAGGCAGGUUAUAGGGAUGGCUUGGGAGGUUCCAGGAAAAUGGGGUCAGGGAGCGAGGCAGGUUAUAGGGAUGGCUUAGGAGGUCCUAGGAGAAUUGGGUCAGGUGGUGAAGUAGGUUAUAAGGAUGGUUUAGGAGGUUCUGGGAGGAUGGGGAAUGGGGAUGGGGGUGAGGCAGGUUAUGGGGAUGGCUUGGGAGGUUCCAGGAAAAUGGGGUCAGGGGGUGGGCCAGGUUAUAGGGAUGGCUUAGGAGGUCCUGGGAGAAUUGGGUCAGGUGGUGAAGUAGGUUAUAAAGAUGGUUUGGGGGGUUCUGGGGGAAUGGGGAUGGGGGAUGAGGCAGGUUAUGGGGAUGGCUUGGGAGGUUCUGGGAGAAUUGGGUCAAAGGGUUACGGGGAUGGCUUGGGGGAAUCUGGGAGAAUGGGGAUGGGGGGUGAGGCAGGUUAUGGGGAUGGCUUGGGAGGUUCCAGGAAAAUGGGGUCAGAGGGUGGGCCAGGUUAUAGGGAUGGCUUAGGAGGUCCUGGGAGAAUUGGGUCAGGUGGUGAAGUAGGUUAUAAGGAUGGUUUGGGGGGUUCUGGGAGAAUGGGGAUGGGGAGUGAGGCAGGUUAUGGGGAUGGCUCGGUAGAUUCUGGGAGAAUUGGAUCAAGGGGUGAGGCAGGUUAUAAGGAUGGUUUGGGGGGUUCCGAGAGAAUAGGAGCAGGAGGUGAAGCAGGUUAUGGGGAUGGCUUGGAGGGUUCUGGGAGAAUGGGGAUGGGGGGUGGGGCAGGUUAUAAGGAUGGUUUAGGGGGUUCUGGGAGAAGGGGAUCAGAGGGUGAGGCAGGUUAUGGGGAUGGCCUGGGGCAUUCUGGGAGAAUUGGGUCAGGGGGUGAGGCAGGUUAUAAGGAUGGUUUGGGGGGUUCUGGGAGAAUGGGGAUGGGGAGUAAGGCGGGUUAUGGGGAUGGCUUGGGAUGUUCUGGGAAAAUGGGGUCAGGGGAUGCAGGUUAUAGGGAUGGGGCCAGUGGGGCAGGUUAUAGGGAUGGUUUAGGAGGUCCUGGGAGACUUGGGUCAGGGGGUGAAGCAGGUUAUAAGGAUGGUUUGGGGGGUUCUGGGAGAAUUGGGUCAGGGGGAGAGGCAGGUUAUGGGGAUGGUUUGGGGGAUGCUAGGGGACUGAGGUCAGGAAGUGAGUCUGAUUAUAGGGGAGGCUCAGGAGGAUCUGGAGAAAUGGGGUCAGAAGGUGAGGUGGGCUACAGAGAUGGUUCAGGGAAGUUCAGAGUAACAGACACACAGCCUGGAGUGGGAUAUGAAGGUGGACCCAGCAGCCAAGAAGCCGUAGAGCAUGGGUCAAGAUACUGGACAGCAUCAGAGAGGUCUGAUGGUGGCACAAGCUCCAAGCAUGGUUCAGAGACGGGCAGAGGAAUAGGGUUUGUGAAAGGAGCAUGUCCUGGAGUGGGUUUUAGGAUGGCCGGAAUGCCAGGCCCUGCUGAUGGCACAGCAUGCAGGGACGGCCCCUGGGACCCAGAGAUGCAGGGGAUUCGAGGUGAGCCACGGAUUCUUUCAGACGGGCAAGGCUCCAAGAAUGAUCUUGGGGGCUCUGGAACCUCAGGGGUUCCUGAGGGGCUGGGAGCCUUUGGCUCUAUGGGAAAACCAGGUGUCAGCGAGUGGCAAGAUGCUGCUGGGAAGCCAGGAUCUCCUGGGGACAGAGAGGCUCCCAGUAGGGAGGGCAGGUCUGCAGACCAAGCAGGGGGUAUGAGGGCUUCUGGAUUUCUUGAUGGUCGGGGGGCAGUGGAGGGCGAGACCUGGGCAGGGGCAGCUGCUCUGGGAUCUGGACGCGAGCAGGACUUCUGGAAAGCAGGGCCAGGGACAGCAGAUAGGAGUAGAGCAGCUGGCCUGGGGGGACUGGCACCUCAGGCAGGUGGGGACUCACCGCUGGGAGGCAGAAGGAUGGGAGCAACAUGCGGGCACUCAGUGGGCACAGGCCAGGUUCUGGACAACAGCUGGAUGCCUGGGGAAAGGGGUAAAUCAAUGUCAGGUUCUGCUGAUGGACAAGAGGUAAGCUACACUGGGGUCCCAGGCAGGGAAGACCAGGGGUUUGGCCAAGGCAGCAUAGGUGCUGGGAAUCAGGCCCCAGACUCCAGAGCUUCCAGAUCUCUGCAAGACAAAGAUGCCACUUUCGGGGGGACCCAUGAAGGGCCAGAGGGCUUCAGGGGCAGGAAGGGUGCUCUAGGCCAAGAAGGGUCUGGUGGGUGUCAAAACCCAUGGUUCUUGGAUAGCAAAGUUUCAGGUCCUGGAAGGGGCAAGUCUACUGGCUCGGGGGACUCAGGCAUCUUGAAUAAGGGGAAUUCCACUGACAGGGAGAAUGGCCUCACCCAAAAACGUGGGGAUUUAGGGCCUCAGGGAGCCUGGAAUGGUCUAGAUGGUCCGUUGGGCAGAAAAGACUCUAUGCACAGAUCUGGGGGCAUCCAGGGCCUGGGCUUUCAGCUAGACAAAGGACAAAGAAGAGAAAGAGGGUCCCUGGGGUAUCAGGGGUCCCUGGGGGCUGAGAAUGACAAAGCCCAAGGUCCAGGGGCCCUAAAGGAGUAUGAGGGAUGGGGAGCAGAAGAAUCUGGAGGGUCAGACAGAAGGCCUGGCCAGCUCAGGAGCAGGUCUCAAAGACCGUCAGGGGUGGAGCCUGGAACAGCAAAGAGGGGAGCAGAUGAGGCCAGAGGCUCGGGGCAGCCACUGGGAGGAGAGGACAGAGAGAGCCAAGGGGUGACUCUGCACGAAGACCAGAGCUGGGAGCCCCCAAGUCAUCUUGGCAGCUGGAGAGGUGGCCUGGAGGGCAAGUCAGACAUCUAUGGCCAGGGGAGGGAUGCCACCCAGAGUCCCAGAUCCAGAUACAAGCCUGGCACUGGUGGUUUCUCCAAGGAGGCCCAAGGCCCCCAGGGCCACUUCUCCCAGGGCCUGGCUAACACGGAAGUGCAGCAGGGAGAGGAUGCCAUGCUCUCCUGUACCCUCACCCACGACCUGGGCCCGGGUGCCUGGUUUAAAGAUGGAGUCAAGCUCAGCGCCCAAGAUGGAGUCAUCUUUGAGCAAGACAGUCUCGUGCACAGGCUCCUCAUUGCCCAUGUGCAAGGGACCCAGGCUGGGAGGUACACCUUUGUGGCUGGCAACCAGCGGAGCGAGGCCACCCUGAGUGUCUACAGUGAGGAUCGCCCCAAUGUCACAGAGAAACUGAGAGAGCCGCUGGUGGUCAAGGCUGGGAAGCCGGUGACAGUGAAGAUCCCCUUCCAGAGCCACCUCCCAGUUCAGGCUGCCUGGAAAAAGGACGGGGCUGAAGUGGUGGGCGGCAGCAGCCCCCCGGGGGCGCAGGUGGCCCUGGGGGCGCAGGUGGCCCUGGGGGACGGCUUCACUCGGCUGUGCCUCCCUAGCGCUGGCAGGAAGGAUGGUGACCGGGACAACGUGACACUGAGGAGCGAGGGCGGCUCUGUGCAGGCUGAGCUCACCCUGCAAGUUAAAGACAAGCCCCAGCCCCGACAAGGUCCCCUGGAGGUACAGGAUCUCCAGGGGGCUGGGGUCUGCCUCCACUGGCGGCCCCCAAACGACAGCGGGGGCCGGGCCGUGGAGCACUACGUGGUGGAGCGGCGGCAAGCUGGCCGGAGCACUUGGCUGAAGGCGGGCGAGCCCCCCUCAGACAUCAUGGCCUUCACCAAUGCCCACGUGGAGCAGGGCAGGAAAUACACCUUCAGAGUGUGGGCUGUGACCUCUGAGGGGGCGGGGGAGGCCCUGGAGUCCACAGAGGUGCUGGUGGCUCCUGAGGCUCUCCCUGGGGCCCCUUCAGGCCCAGCCAUCCAGUCGGCCUCCAGCCAGGGCAUCACGCUGACGUGGACGGCACCUCGGGGCCCUGGCAGUGCCCACAUCCUGGGCUACCUGAUCGAGAAGUGCAAAAAGGGGAGCAACAUCUGGACAGCAGUGAAUGCCCAGCCUGUGCCUGAGAGGAGGUGGACCGUGACGGAUGUGCGGCAGGGCUGUCCGUAUGAAUUUCGGGUCACGGCUGUGUCUCCCUCUGGUCCCGGAGAGCCUGGGCCCCCAUCGGAUGCUGUCUUUGCUCGGGACCCCAAGAGACCCCCUGGGCCCGUGCGGGACCUCCAAGUCAUAGACACGUCGCACACCAGCAUCACCUUGAGCUGGGAACAGCCGGAUGCACAGGAUGGGGACACAGCCCAAGGAUACGUGGUGGAGCUACGUGGCUCAGACAGUCUGCAGUGGAUUCCCUGCCACAAGGGCAUCGUACCAGUCACCAGCUUCACAGCCAAAGGGCUUCGGCCCCAAGAGAGCUACUUCGUGAGGGUGACAGCAGUUAACGACGGGGGCCUUGGCCAGCCCACCGCCCUGGACACGUUAGUGCAAGUCAUGCCGGUUGCAAUCCAUCCCAAGUUCCUCAUGGACUCCAGCACAAGGGACUCGCUGAUGGUCCGAGCUGGGGACACCAUUCGUGUGCCUGUCUCCUUUAAAGCUGUCCCCAUGCCUGAGGUGACCUGGCUGAAGGACGGCUUGCCCUUGCUUAAAAGUAAUGUGACCUCCACCAAGGAUGGCCUCACCCAGCUUCUGAUUCCCGUGGCCAGCUUCUCAGACAGUGGCCUCUACACUGUGGUGCUGAGGAACCUGCAGGGCGGGGAGGCUGCUUACCGCUUCUCCCUCAGGGUGGCAGCAUGCCCGAAGGCGCCCGGGCCCAUCCACCUGCAGGAGAACGUGCCCGGGACAGUGACGGCCGAGUGGGAGCCUUCUCCGGACGAGACUGGGGAUGUCCCCCUGUACUACGAGGUGCUGACGCGCUCCUCAGCGCACGGGCCCUGGUGCCAGGCGGCUGACCGCAUGCACACCAACCACUUCACCCUCCUGGGAGUGCUCCCUGGCCACGAGUACCACUUCCGGGUAGUGGCCAAGAACGAGCUGGGGGCCAGCCUGCCCUCAGAUACCAGCCAGCCCUGGUGCAUCCCCCGGCAGCGAGACAGGUUCCCAGUGAGGCGUCCAAGCUACCGGGAGCCUAACCUGAGCCAGAAGCCCCGGUUCCUGGUGGGCCUGCGGACCCACCUGCUGCCGCAGGGCUGUGAGUGCUGCAUGAGCUGUGCUGUGCACGGCUGGCCACGGCCCCAUGUCACCUGGUUCAAGGACGACCAGAGCCUGGCGGGAAACCCCGCAGUGUAUAGCACCGACGUGCUGGGCGUGUGCUCCCUCAUCAUCCCCAGCGUCUCCCCCAAGGACAGCGGCCGGUACAAGGCUGUGGCGGAGAACGCGCUGGGCCAGGCCAUCAGCACCGCCAGCCUCAUUGUCACAGGGCUGAGCUGGGUCCAGGCACCAGGCUCCUGCCUGGAGUGCCUUGCCCAGUCCCCGGCCACCAGCCUCUGCAAGACGCCGUGGAUGCCCCAGUCUCUGCGGAAAGGAGUGCGGGAGGCCCAAGAGGCUGCCUGGAAGCUGGAGCAGAGGGGAGGAGAACGUGCCUUAUAUGGCAGUGGCUGUGACAGUGUCACAGGCGCCUUCCCCAGGGUACUUGGGACAUGGAGUCCCGGGAGCCAGCACGUCGGGCUGGAGUCCGAGUUUGACCAGCCCCCACAGCAGCCUCUCCUCAACCCCUGUCUGGAGGUCCCGGAGGCCCAGCUCUCCAGCCCCACCGAGCGGCUGGAGCGGGCAGAAGGCUGCCAGGGCAGUGGGGUCCAGCAGCGGAAGGACCUGGAGUUCCAGGAGGGCACAGGUCGCUCGGAGGGGACAACAGAGGUCUCAGCCCCUUUCCUCUGA